CCCAUCCAGGCACGCAGAGCCAUAGGGGACUUCGGAGUGCCCAUCUCUAUAAUGGUAGUGGCCCUCAUUGACUAUCUUAUACCCAACACGUACACGGAGAAACUGGACGUGCCAGAGGGUUUCACCCCAACGGCCCCCCACAAAAGGUCGUGGGUCAUCAACCCUCUGGGAAGUUCAACCACCCUGUCACCCUGGCUCAUGUUCGGGGCCAUCGUUCCGUCCGUUCUCAUUUUCAUACUGCUGUAUAUGGAGUCUGUGAUUACCAGCAUGAUAGUAAACAAAAAAGACCGCCUUCUGAAGAAAGGAUCGGGCUAUCACUUGGACCUCUUCGUCACUGGACUCUGCGCGUCCAUCUGCGGCCUACUGGGACUGCCCUUCAUGUGCUCUGCCACCGUUCGAUCAGUCACGCACGUGUCCGCACUGUCCGUCUACAGCAGGACCCACGCUCCAGGGGUCAAGCCCCACCUCGUCAAGGUCGUCGAACAGCGGGUCACGUCCCUGGCUGUCCACCUAUUAGUCGGCGUUUCCGUACUGAUGGGGCCGAUGUUGAAGCAGGUGCCACUGGCGGUCCUGUUCGGCAUCUUCCUCUACAUGGGGAUAGCCUCUAUGACGGGUAUCCAGCUUGUCAAGAGGUGCAAGUUGGCCUUCAUGCCAGUCAAACAUCACCCGGAUGUUGGAUACGUUAAGAGGGUAAGACUACGGAAGAUGAACCUCUUCACCUUUCUUCAACUCCUCUUCCUGGCCAUUCUCUGGAUCGUCAAGUCCACCAAAGCCGCACUCGCCUUCCCGUUCAUCCUCAUUCUCAUCAUUCCCAUCCGGAUAUUCGCAUUCAAAUUGAUCUUUACGGAACUGGAAUUGCAUGAACUGGACAAGGAAGAGGACUGUCCGUCGGAAGAUGAGGAGGUAGAGCCUGACUUCUACACUCAGGCUCACAUGCCUAUCUGAUCCAUCCAUCCAUCCAUCCAUCCAUCCAUCCAUCCAUCCAUCCAUCCAUCCAUC